GGGUAUAACUUAGCUACACCCUUCUCCAACUCCCAAGUGAGCAGAAGUAGCUGCCAUUGGAUGCUGAUGAAAAGGAACAAUUAAAAAUUGUGAAUUGGUAGGAGCAUUCAAUUCACCAGGAGACAGGGAAAUUCACGUCGUGUGAUUCGGUGCGUGGUUGGCCACCUCGCUGUCAUCUCAGCCUUCCAACAUCUUUGAUUUCUCUGGAUGACGUUUCUUGUUCGUAUUGUAAUGAUGUGGAUACCGCUGAUCAAUAGUGUCAAGUAUCUUAGGGAUUGUUGGUCAUUAGUGUGAAUUUGACUGUGACAACGUCUUAAAGAAGUUUAGAAAACCCAUCGGCUUUGGAUUAUGAAAUUACCCAUCCAGCCUUUGCCAGUGCCGUUGUCAUGACACGGAAUAUCGAGUGGAACUCCAUGGAUUAAGGAAGACCCCAAGGAUGGUGAAAGAUUGCUGAAGAGGAGGAGCGUCCAGAGCCUUCCCUUCUCACCAGCAAGACAAAGAAAAUACUAGGAAUGAACUACUGGCAGCAUGACUGGUGUGAGGCUGAAGCCUUUGGUGUUGUUGAUCACUGGUCUACCUUUCAGUGUGAGCGAAGGCUGUAUGAACAGGAUGGCCUCAUCUUACAGAGGGUUUUGGUCCAAGCAGCAGGCUCCGCUCCCAAAGGAGCGCAGAUGCAGCAAAUCUCUGUUCCCAGAGUUCAGCAGGUUCCACAACAGGUGCAAUCCGUGCAGCACGUAUAUCCAUCCCAGGUCCAGUAUGUGGAAGGAGAAGCUGUUUAUACCAAUGGAACCAUACGAGCCGCUUACUCCUACAACACCGAAGCUCAGAUUUACGCCCCCAGCAGCGCAGCAUCCUAUUUUGAAUCGCAGGGAGGUGGAGCUCAGGUGACUACAGCGGCAUCCUCUCCUACAGCCAUUCCCUCUCACAACAUGGUGGGCAUCACCAUGGACAUUGGGGGAAGUCCGAUCCUCUCCGGCUCGGGAGCCUAUCUCAUUCAUGGGGGGAUGGAAAACACUAGACAUUCUCUGUCACAUACUUCACGCUCCUCUCCAGCAACGCUUGAAAUGGCGAUUGAAAACCUACAAAAAAAUGAAGGGAUUACAUCACACAAAAGCAGUUUGCUCAACAGCCAUCUCCAGUGGUUGUUGGACAACUACGAGACAGCGGAAGGUGUCAGCCUUCCCAGGAGCUCUCUCUAUAACCAUUACCUGCGGCACUGCCAGGAGCACAAACUGGAUCCAGUGAACGCCGCUUCCUUCGGAAAACUGAUCCGUUCAGUGUUCAUGGGGCUGAGGACUCGCCGCCUGGGAACCAGGGGAAACUCCAAAUAUCAUUAUUACGGGAUCCGUCUAAAACCAGAGUCUCCGCUGAACCGCUUGCAGGAGGACACCCAGUACAUGGCAAUGAGGCAGCAGCCCAUCCACCAGAAGCAAAGGUAUAGACCAGCACAGAAGAUGGAUGGCAUGGCAGAGAGUGGGUCCAAUAGUAACCCGCACACUACGCCGGAGCAGUCGGUUGCUGCUCAAAGUCAACAUCAUCUGCAAUUCAUAGAUGUAACCCAUGUCUUUCCUGAGUUCCCAGCCCCACAUCUAGGUAACGUCCUCUUACAAGAAGGGGUCACCAUGAAUGAUGUGAAAACUCUGCAGCUUCUUUACAGGCGACACUGCGAGGCAACUUUGGAUGUUGUAAUGAAUCUUCAAUUUCAUUAUAUUGAGAAACUGUGGCAAUCCUUCUGGAGUCCUAAAACACCAUCUAGUGAUGGCUCUACUGCCCUGCCAUCCAGCGAAGAAGAACACGAAGGGACCCUCCCAAAAGAUAAGCUGAUCACUCUGUGCAAAUACGAACCCAUCCUCAAAUGGAUGAGAAGCUGCGAUCACAUCUUGUACCAGGCCCUGGUGGAGAUUCUCAUCCCAGACGUGCUCAGACCAGUGCCCAGCACGCUUACACAGGCGAUUCGUAAUUUUGCCAAGAGUUUGGAAGGGUGGCUGAUGAACGCAAUGAAUGAAUUUCCCCCGCAGGUUGUCCAGACCAAGGUCGGGGUAGUGAGUGCCUUUGCGCAGACAUUACGGAGGUACACGUCCCUGAACCACCUGGCUCAGGCCGCCCGUGCAGUGCUGCAGAACACUUCCCAGAUAAACCAGAUGCUCAGUGAUCUCAAUCGGGUCGACUUUGCCAAUGUGCAGGAGCAAGCCUCGUGGGUGUGCCAGUGCGAGGAAGGCAUGGUACAGAAGCUGGAGCAGGAUUUCAAGCUCACUCUGCAGCAGCAGAGUUCUCUGGACCAGUGGGCUAGUUGGCUGGAUAAUGUUGUUACUCAAGUCCUGAAGCAUCACGAGGGCAGUCCCACCUUCCCCAAGGCAGCCAGGCAGUUCCUGUUAAAAUGGUCUUUCUAUAGCUCCAUGGUGAUCCGUGACCUCACCUUGCGCAGUGCUGCCAGCUUUGGUUCCUUCCACCUGAUUCGCCUGCUCUAUGAUGAAUACAUGUUUUAUCUGGUAGAGCAUCGUGUUGCCCAGGCAACAGGGGAGACACCAAUUGCUGUAAUGGGAGAGUUUGGUGACCUCACAUCCCUGUCCCCAACACUGCUGGACAAAGAUGACAUUAGUGACCUGGGCAGCGAGGUGGACACGGGCUCCCGACGCGUGGGGGAGCCGCUGGUGAAACGGGAACGCAGUGACCCCGGCCACUCGCUGCAGGAGAUCUGAAAUGGGGAUUCGGCUUUUCGCCAGCUGGACGAAGACAUCCGGAGCCAGGUUUGACGGUCGCAAGCCUGAGUCUCCCCAUAUCUGCAUUAUUAGUGCCUCUUAGUUUCUCUUUAUGUUUACUUGCGUUUGAGGAUGGGCUCCGGGGUUGAGCCCGGGUGGGUGGUGGGACGGGGCUGGUUUGGCCGCCUGCUUUUCCUCCAGCAUGACUGCUGGCCGGAAGGCGAAGGUCCAAAGUCUGCUACCGAGCGAUGGAAGCCUCCGUUGUCAGCAGCGGAUCGGAUGUGCCUAGCUAGGAGAGGCUCUCCUCUCCAGCCUGAGCGAGGCGGGCAAACGAGGCUUUCUCUUUCAGGGAAGGUGGUUUGGGUUUCUUCCCCACUUCUCAGACUUCACUGUGAUACAAACUUGAACCAAUCAGUGCCCAAGAAGAAGGAAAAAUACCUGACCCUUCUCCUCCAGCCUUUCAAGACAAGCUGUCCUGGCUCUGACUUUGCCAAAUCAUUCGUUCGGGGAGCACAGGACAGUACGUCUCUCUUGUACCCGCCUGGGGAGACGGCUCCAGGCUGCACGUCCAUCUCGUCCCGGCAGAGCAAUGCACAUGCAUGCUCUGGGACUGACACGUAUGUGCUCUGGGACUGACACAUACAUGCUCUGGGACUAUGGGACAAGCAUUCCCACCUGCUCCCGUGUCUCUCCAGCUUGGCGUUCCAUCGCUGAUCCGCAGAUGCUCCUGGGACACUGUCAGGCCAACUCAAGAUACCAAAGGACUCUGAGGAAGUGGCAGCUGGUCGCAAAGUGUGUUCAUUGCCCCCUACGCUCUGAAGCCCACGGGCAAUCCCACGGGCAAUCCCCAUCCUCGCCAGGGUACCCGGGCAGAGGGGAACUCCUCCCACGUCCUGGGUUUUGUAAAAUUCUCGCUUGAUGUCCUGCUAAAAUGUUGAAGGUAGGGUGCAGCUGCCUGCGGGGCUGCGUCCGGAGCACGGGAGAGGGUGUGUGAUUGCAGUGCCUUAGGGUGGGCCAGCGUGCCUGCUUCCCCCUCCCCGCUCUGGGCGAGCCGGCGCAGCUCAGACCCUGAUAAAAAACAACCCAUCCCAUGUAGCAGCGAGGGGCUGUCAUGGGCCCCGGGUUUGCUCAACACUACGGUGGCAUUUUCCCUUGCUGUAUCGCUUCGCCUUUUCCUGCGGCAUCCUUGCGGCGGUGGCUCCCCUGGGGCUGAGCUGGGAGAGCUUCUGCCCCAGCGGGGUUUUAUUCUCCCUUUCCGUGUCCUGUGGGGUCUGGGCUGAUGUGGACUGCAGGGCAGAGGAGGGGGGGUGGAAUCUGUCGUCAAGCCAAACUGCAAAAACAAAGCUCCGGGGCAAAUCUUUGUGUGAAUAAAGGCCGUGUCAUAAAUAGCUUUUACUAUUAUUAUUUCUAAUGAUACAGUAUUUGAUGUGAGCUUUUCCAGGGGUCUCGUGUACAUUUGCAUAUCAGAGUAUAUUCUAUCCAAAUAUAUUAUUUACUCAUUUCGAAUGGUACUAAGGUAGCUGUGACACUUUAAAAAAUAUUGCUAAUGGAAAGUAAAAAGAAAGUGUGUAUAGUGGCACAUCUUUCCCUCUUACUGUCCCGUACUGUUGUCUGUCAGGAUGAUGUUUGUCUGUAAAUGUCUCAUAUCGAAGUAGCAGGAGACAAGUGAGAAAGCUGGAUUUAUGUGUAAAUAACAACAAUGAAUACUCCCUGGGUCAGAGUCCGCACUUCAGAUCCUGCUGAUGAGAUAAGAUGGUCUAAAAAAAACAACUGAGCAACCCAAGUCUUAAACUCCCCUGCUCCCAUUGAGUGUGAUAUUAACUUCAGCUGGUACAUUGGCUCUUCUUUGCAGCCGCUACCGACCGAACCCAGCCACCUUCUGCUUACCACGGACGUGCAAACGAGAUGCUCUGGAGCUCUGCAGCACUGUGCAAGGAGUCUGGAUAACCACCUAAACCCGAUAUGCACAAAAUUCCCAGCUAAACCUGAAUAGCAAUAAAUAUAUAUCAAAUG